GCUGCUACAACCUCCACAAUUCCCAACCCAGAGAAGCUUUUGGGGGAAGAAACUGAGGAGAAAAUUCCCAAAAGGAGUGAGAUCAAGCAGGAAUGGCAAGAGCUGGAAGUGGAACCUCUUCCAGAUCCCCACUUUGGCCUCCUGGGCACUCGCAACUGGGAGAUUCCUCAGGGAUCCAUGGAUGAUCUUCCUGCUGAAAUCCUCAGGAAUAUUUUUGCCUUCCUGCCAGUGCUGGAUUUGUACCAGAACCUGAGCCUGGUGUGUCAUUACUGGAGGGAAAUUAUUCGGGAUCCACAGUUUAUUCCUUGGAAAAAGCUCUACCACCGUUAUGUGAGGAGGGAGGCCUGUGCCCUGCAGAGAGUCGAGCAGAUCCUGCAGGGAUUUUCCAUCCCCCAGGAGCCCCAGGGCUGUGUGCUGGGGCUGGUCAGGUUUGUGGCAUCCACAGGACCCAAUGUGGAUCCCAGUGGGGUUCUCCAGAUUUUGGGAACUCAUCCCCUCUUCCCAAAGGCUCAGCUCUGUGUCCUCAACAAAUUCCCAGAUUUACAGAGCAAGCCUGGGGAUUCACUACAAUAUUUUUUACUGUUUGUCUCUGAUGGAAAAUUCCUCUGGAAUUGUGCAACCUGUGGAAGAGGGAAGAGUGAAUUUGUUUUCCAGGUAAUUGGAAGGGCUGAUGUCAGACUGACCCAUGAGCAGCAGAGGAUUUUAAAUCACAAAAUUGAGCCUGGCCAAACAGUGAAAAUCAUGGCAUUUGCAGGCACAGGGAAAACCUCAACCUUGGUCAAGUAUGCAGAGAAAUUCCAGGAAUUGAAAUUCCUUUACCUGACUUUUAACAAAGCUGUGGCAGAGAAAGGCAAAGAGGUUUUUCCAAGGAAUGUCACCUGCAAAACUUUCCACUCCUUGGCUUUUGGGAGCAUUGGGAGACACUACAAAGACAAAGGCAAGCUGAACUUUUCCAAGAUGUCAGUUUAUUCCAUCAGUUUCCUCCUUAAGAAAAGGAAAGGUCAAUCCCUUUUUAUAAGAGGGAAAAUGGUGAGCCAGACUUUGGAAAAUUUCUUUGCAUCUUCAGAUGAGGAGAUCUGUGAGGAGCACACACCCCUGUGGUUCAAAAACACCCAAGGGCUGGUGGAGCAAGUGAGCAGAGAGGAAAAAAGAAUCAGUGAAAUAAAUAGAAAUUUAAAAUAUCUCUUCAUUAUCUUAUGUAAUUAUAAUAUUCUGGUGGAUGAGGCUCAGGAUUGCACCCCUGCCAUCGUGGACAUCAUCCAAUCCCAAAAAUGUGGGAAAAUCCUGGUGGGGGACCCUCACCAGCAAAUUUACAGUUUCAGGGGGGCAGUGAACUGCCUGCAGUGCCUGCCCCACACACACCUCUUCUACCUGACACAGGUGAGGGAAAAUAAAAAUGGGGGACUCUCUGCAAGGGACCCCCCUGCCCACAUCCACAUCAUUGGGGGACUGGGCAGAUUUGGCCUGAGCAGAAUUUAUGACAUUUGGAAACUGAGCCAACCUGCAGAGGUCAGGAAAAAUUCUCAGCUGGAGAUUGAAGAUUCCUUCAUCAGGAAAUGGGAGGAAUCCGAGGGGUUUGUGGGAUUAAAGGAAUAUUCCCAACGUGUGGAGGACAGGGACCUGCAGGCUAAAAUCUGCAUUGUGGAGAAAUACAAAGCCAGGAUCCCUGAGCUGCUGCUCAGCAUCCAGAGCUGCCACGUGGGCCAGCAGGGCCUGGCAGAUUUCCUCAUCGGGACCGUGCACCAAGCCAAGGGCCUGGAAUUCGACACCGUUUGUGUCUCUGACGAUUUUGUGCAAAUCCCUUCUGCCACUGGGGCUUUCCUGAGGAGGAUCAACCUGACUCUGAGCAGGACCCCUGAGGAUGAGUGGAACCUUCUCUACGUGGCUGUGACCAGAGCCAAGAAGUGCCUGCUGAUGUCCAAAUCCCUGGAAAACCUCCUAACUCUGGCUGGAGAGCGUUUCCUCCGGGUGGAGCUGCUGAGUGAGGCUGGGAAGGACAAGGAUGGAGCUCCUGUCACUUGUUGUAUGUCAGGAUGUUCCAAAUCCCUGGAAUUCAGCUCUGGGCUGGUGGUGAAGAAGCUCCCAUUGACUUAUAGCGAUGGCAGCCAGGAUCCAGGGGGAUUCCUUUGCCAAGCUUGCACCCAGCAGUUCUUCGGCCCCCUGACUCCACUCAUCUCUUUCCCAGCAGUCAAAGAAGAGCAAAUCCAGCUCUAACAAAGCCCUCCAGCUUCCCAGAGCCAUCCUGGAUGUGGGACAAAUCCUCUUGGCACAUCCCAGCUCCAAAAUCAAACAGAUAAUGGAGAAGGAUUUCAGCCCAGCUCCAAAAUCAAACAUAUUGGAUCAGGAUUUCAGCCCAGCUCCCAGUUCCAGUGGAUGUUGGAGCAGGAUGUUCCCAGCUCC